ACCUGCCAGUGUAGUGCUGAAAGUGCGGAAGGCAAAAGGCACCCAUUAAAUCUGGCCAGGAAACCUCCGCUUAAAACUUCAACGUGCUGCCGUGAAACAAAACCUAAAACCACCACCCCCCAAAAAAUUUUUUUUGAAGAACAAGUCUAAUGUAUGAUUUGAUGUGGGUGUUUAAGAAAUUAUUGGGGGGAUUUAUUUUCUGUUGAGAUGAAGUGUGAGAAGAGAAUAAAGUACAUGUUUCCUAGGUAGGAGUGAACAGUGUUUCUAAUGCUGUCCACUGUUUUUAUUUUGGCUGUGUUGGUCCCUCUGUGCCCCUCUCUCUUCCUAAGGAAAAUAUAAAUGUAUGAAUGUGUGUGCCUUUACUUCUACCCCCAGACAGCGUGUGACUGAGCUAGCUGAAUGCAGUGGGAGUAUUGGCUGCUGUGGAGGGGCAGGCUGCAAAUUAAACACUGCCACAAUCGGAAAGGUCCAGGUGGUCUGCUGGCGCGUCCUAAUGCAAUCUAGCACAACAGCUUUAAUAAACAGCUCUAUUUAGUUCCUCCUCCUGGUAUCCAGGGAGGUGAGCCGGUCCGGGGCUGCGGUGAUGAAAUGCCAGAAGAAUCUCUCUCAGAGGCCUCACCAGCUGGUUCUUAGAGCUUUUCUGUUUUGUCGUCUUUGUCUUCCAAAUGGGAUCCAAUGAUAGCUGGACAAGUCAGUAAGCCCUCGCUGUCAGUGCGCAGUGAAAUGAAUGCGGAGUUGAGAGGUGAGGACAAGGCUGCUACUUCAGACAGCGAGCUGAAUGAGCCCCUGCUUGCGCCUGUGGAAUCAAAUGACGGCGAGGACACUCCCAGCAAGCUCUUGGGGGCCAGAGGAAGCGCGGCGCUCUCAGAGCCAGGCACGCCCGACCAACACCAGGCCAGUCAGACCCAUCCCCCAUUUCCAGUUGGGCCACAGCCACUUCUGACCGCGCAGCAGUUAGCCUCUGCGGUCGCGGGCGUGAUGCCGGGAGGACCCCCAGCCCUCAACCAGCCUAUCCUCAUCCCCUUCAACAUGGCGGGACAGCUAGGCGGUCAGCAGGGACUGGUCCUCACACUACCCACAGCGAAUCUCACCAACAUCCAAGGGCUGGUAGCCGCAGCUGCAGCUGGAGGCAUCAUGACUCUGCCAUUGCAGAACCUACAAGCUACCUCAUCCUUGAACUCCCAACUCCAGCAGCUUCAGCAGCUCCAGCAGCUCCAGCAGCAGCAGCAACAGCAGCAGCAGCAGCCACCUCUACCACCACCCAGCCAGCACCCACAGCCCGCCCCGCAGGCGACCUCGCAGUCACAGCAGUCACAGCCCCAGGCCACCCCACCCCAGCAGCCACCACCAGCCUCCCAGCAGCUGCCAGUUCCUCCAUCUCAGCUACAACAGGCGCCUCAAGCCCAGCAGCACCAAGCCCUCUCCCACUCCCAGAACCAGAACCAACCAUCUCCAACCCAGCAGAGUUCAAGCCCCGCUCAGAAACCCAGUCAGUCUCCAGGACAUGGCCUUCCGUCUCCGCUCACGCCGCCCAAUCCUCUGCAGAUUAUUGGGACCAUUCCACUGAUGCCUAAUCCGGGGCCAUCAAGCCAAGCAGCGAGUGGCACUCAGGGCCUUCAAGUGCAGCCAAUCACCCCCCAGCUCCUGACAAACGCCCAGGGCCAGAUCAUCGCCACAGUCAUCGGCAACCAGAUCCUGCCUGUGAUCAACACCCAGGGCAUCACGCUCUCCCCCAUCAAGCCAGGCCAGCAGCUCCACCAGCCCUCCCAGACGCCAGUGGGUCAAGCAGCCUCCCAAGGCAACCUUCUGCACCUGGCUCACAGCCAAGCAUCCAUGUCUCAAAGUCCCGUGCGGCAGGCUUCCUCUUCUUCCUCCUCAUCUUCCUCUUCCUCAGCUUUGAGCGUGGGCCAGUUAGUCAGCAAUCCUCAAACGGCAGCGGGUGAGGUGGAUGGGGUUAAUCUGGAGGAGAUCCGAGAAUUUGCCAAAGCUUUUAAAAUCCGGCGCCUGUCCCUUGGCCUGACCCAGACUCAGGUGGGACAGGCUCUCAGUGCUACCGAGGGCCCUGCGUACAGCCAGUCGGCCAUCUGCAGACACACCAUCCUGAGAAGCCACUUUUUCCUACCACAGGAAGCCCAAGAGAACACUAUAGCUAGCAGUCUGACAGCCAAACUGAACCCUGGCCUUUUGUAUCCUGCCAGGUUUGAAAAGCUGGACAUCACCCCUAAAAGUGCCCAGAAGAUCAAGCCGGUGCUUGAGCGGUGGAUGGCUGAGGCUGAGGCCCGCCAUCGAGCAGGUAUGCAGAACCUGACCGAGUUUAUCGGGAGUGAACCGUCCAAAAAGCGCAAGCGGCGCACCUCCUUCACACCCCAGGCCCUUGAGAUCCUCAAUGCCCACUUUGAGAAGAACACACACCCCUCGGGGCAGGAAAUGACCGAGAUUGCGGAGAAGCUGAGCUAUGACCGGGAAGUAGUUAGAGUCUGGUUCUGCAAUAAGAGGCAAGCCCUGAAGAACACAAUUAAACGCUUAAAACAGCACGAGCCGGCCACGGCGGUGCCCCUGGAGCCUUUGACAGACUCUCUGGAAGACAACUCCUAAAGAGACACAUGCCCACCCGCGACCAGAAGCAAAAUCCACCGCGACACGAUUCCACCCUGGGACUCCACCAAGAACAGAAGUACAGUUACAUUUAAGAACAGCCCCAGUCACGUCACCCUUGUAAGUAAGAGACUAAGAAAACUACCAAGUGGACAGAAUGGUUUGUACAUGUCCGUUGGUUUUCCAAAAAGGAAAAAAAAAUGUUUUUUUGAAAAUUUUUAAACAAGGUGCACACCACACUCGAGGUGUGUGUACUUAGGAUAGUUCCCACCACCUGUCUCCCCAAAGCCAGUUUUUUAAAGCAAACCAAAUAACCACAUACUUUUUUCUGUAAACUAUGAAAAUGUGAACACGUUUUAAGGAAAAAGAAAAAACAGAACUAAACCAAAAAAAAAAAAAACAACAACAAACAGAAACUUGUAUCUGUUUCAAAGCGAAUACAAGCCUGCCACCUGGAGGAAGAGCUGCAUCCUUUCAGGUACUAAGUGCUCAUCACUGAACUGUUUUAACCAAAGUCGGAAACGCGGCAUUGCCAACGCGAUCGCUCGCCUCCUCUUCUCGGCGUGUAAAGUUGUGUUACCGGUUUUUACAUUUGUACUAACGGGAAAAUAGGAAGCCUGAUUCCUCCCAUCUUCCCCAUCUGUCGUCUCCCCCUCCGGGGCGGGUGCCAUUGUCGAAGCCAUUCUCUGAGGCUCACUACUGGGUUUGGCGGGGGGCAGGAGGCUUUGUUUCUCUUUCUCUUUCGUUUGGGAGGCAGGGGGCAUCCUGGAUCGUGUGCCAAAGCAUCCGCUGCAUUCUUCUCCCCCAUGACUCGCGCGGGUGUGAGAAAAGAAAAUGGAGCUUUGGAGUCUCCUCUUCCCCCCCGUGUCUCCAGGGGCCUGCUGCAAGGCCAGUCUUUUCCACUCAGAUUCUAGUGAAAUGCAGGAGAGACUCCAAAACAGCCAGGGCUUUGCUCGAUGAACUGUCAACACUGGCAUAAGCUGUAAUUGUGCUCACUGUCCACACCACAGCUUGGGAUUUUGCUCAGUCUGUUGGCCACGUACAUGGAGAGCUGACCAAAACUAAUUUUGUAAUAUAAACAUAAGCUGCACAUUUGGUUCAAUACUUACAUCUAUGUUCUGCUUCUGUGCAAAGCAAUUUCUCUCAGAAGUCUGAUAGCCAAAGAAAUGUCUCAAGGUUUCAGUCAAAGUACACACAUGGCGCACACACACCCAUAUGCACACACACAAAGAAAGAGGCCAGGAAGGAAGAGUGACUGGAUCAUUCAAGGUCAUCAUGUAUACCCUGUUAGUCUCAUCUUUCAUCCCCAUAGCGAUGGCAGAACUUUUUCCGGGGGGGUGGGGAGGGAGCCAAUUGUCCUCAGGAUGUGUGAACAGAGCAUAAAGGUGGCAGGCAAAUCCUAACCACUGCAAGUAGGGGCAGGGUUCUUGAGGGGAAAGGAAGCGGUAACAGUCCAGUGUCUUUACUGAGAAAACAGACGUUGCUUAUCUAGCACAUCAGAAUCACCUUCACAACUAGAAGUAGAGGAUUAUUUCAUCGUUAAACAUAAGCAGCCUCGAAAGAUCCACGGGCCACAAUAACCCAAGAAACCAGCAGAAGGUGCCGAGAUGGGAGGAUGGCAGUGCACGGAGCACCUGCAGCUGAUGUCAUCACCCAGGUGUAGGCGGAAGGUGUUCUGUCAAACCAGCAGGCAAAAGAGAACCCAGAGUUUGCUUGUUGGUGCAGUGUAAAUAUUUAUGAAUAAUUAAUAAUCAUGCUGAUAUACUAUCUUGAAGUAAAUUAUGAAAGGAAAAAGAGAAAUUCCACCUCAGAUUGCCCAAUGGGUAAGAAACGCCACCUCCUUCCCCUACCACAAUCCCUUCUCCCCUGGGGAUUUGAUUUUCUUCUUCUGUCAUCUCCUUUGCUGGUUGUGUGACCGUGACAGUAUAAUUGUACCCUCAGAUGAGUCAUGCUGCAAUCAGGAGACCACCAGCGAGGAAACUCUAGAAGAAAUCCUGGAAUCAGAACUCGUUGCUCACAAAGAUUUCUCAUUUCGCCAUUCUGACGCUAAUUGGACCACACUACCCUGAUCCUCAGUGCCGGCAACAUCAUGGUAUCCGUUUCACCACCUCCAAAUCUGCACAAAUGCCAACAACCCAGAUACCCAAAACUUUAUUGAUUAAAACAGAUUUUGUAUUCUCCUAGGACCUGUUCCAAAUUCCAUCAAGACAAGCUCCCCAAGAAGAGAAGUUAACAAGAUAACGGAUGACGGAUGCUAAAUGUUUAAAUAUAUGCUGACAGCAGUUACAUAAGGCCUGCUUAGUUCUGAGAUCUAUAAUUGGAAGGGUGUAACUAGGACAGUGAAAAUAUAAAAGUAAUCGUCCAGAGUGGAACAAAAAAGAAAUAUAUUCAUCCCACAGUCAUAAAACCAUUCAUGUGUGGUGAUUUUUUUUACAGUUUUAUAAUUUUGUAUUGUUUUAUAAAUUAUUUAUAAAGUAUUGUAAUGCUUCUUAUAUUAAUUUUUUACAGAUAAAUUUUUUGCUACAAGGCAUAAAAAGAUGCCUGAACAGAUUCUUAGGAAUAUAAAUUAUACUGUGUAACUCAUUAAGUCUUUGGGAACGCACCUAUUGCUUAAUUUUAUUAUGACAUUUCUUGUUUCUACUUGUAAACAACUUCAUACACCAAGAGCAUUUAAGUGUCUUUUAUGUUUCCAUGAACUGAAGGUUAAGGUUAUGGUUUCCACCAACAACAACAACAACAACAAAAAUAAAAGCCACUUUGGGCAUAUGUGAUUGUAUUUCAAGCUUCAAUAUCUUUUUCAUAGAUUGUUAAGUUAGUGUCAUCUUCAUUUUCUUCAUUCCUCAAUGGAAAAAAAUGACAGUGGAUGUUAUAUUUUACAUUUGUUUGUGGGUUUCCUUUUUAACCAAAAAAUUUUUGAAUAGUUGGAAGUUUUAAGUUUUGGUUUCUUUAUUUUAUAACCGCAGAUACACACACACACACACACACACACACACACACACACCAUGAAAGAGAGAACAAAAAAGCAAAAGGAGUUAGGAAAAUAAUAAAACAAGUAGAGGCGUAUCAAAGAACUCAAGCUAUAACCAAAAAGAAAUCGUAAAAUGCCUUUGCUCAUCUUCUCUACGCUGGACCAAAGCUCAAUAUUUGUAGGUAUAUGCACAUUGUAUAGAUAUGGCUAAAUGUUGCUGACAAUCUCGCAAUACUAAACUGUUCCUAUUUUAAGAUAAAAAAAAAAAGACAUACAAACUGUUCAUCAAUGUUUUACCUCAGCACUCUACUUGUACCCAGUUAAUGACCAAGCUUAAAAAAAUGGAGAAAAAGGAAAUUAAUUUUCAUUUCCAUGUUUGACUGUAAAAUCUGUUUGGAUAACAUUUUGUAAUGAGCUUUUUGUCAUGUGAUUUGCUUGUCUUCAACUUGCAAUUAUGUGAGGCACACUUGCUUAUUUGUUGUUAAGAAAGUGAUUUAUUUUUCGUCCUCUGUGCUGUGAUCUAGACUGGUCACCAGGGUCACUUAUGAGGCACCACACAGAGAUCUGCUUCUCCACGCCUGGAGCAGCAGCAGGAGGGAGGGCAGGAAAAAUCAGACCGGGUUGUUUUGGGAAAAUCAGGAUGACAAGAAGUUGACGUGAUAUACUUGUGACCAAGAAGCCAAACUGGAUAUUUAAAAGCUCCUUACUUGCUCUGACAUUGAAACCAAAGCUGAUUUAUCUGCACAGGUUGCUUAAUGUUUAAAAAAAAAAAAAAACUGUACUUAAUCUAGAGCAAUAUCUGUAUGGUUGGUAAAGCUGCACUUUGUGUAUUUCUUAACAGCUUCAGAUCUGUCACUUUUAAUUUGUACCAUAAGAAAAUAAAGAAUUGUUUGACAUGA